GGUAGCGCUUAGUAGUGACCGAUAGAGCGUACCGUACGGAGGUGCAAGCGUGCUGUGGAAACCGAAAGUGAAACUCCGAAAGUGACAGCGAACCAAGCGCCAAGAGCCCGAACAGUGCGAACAGGUUUGUGAAGAAAUAAACUACCAAACCGGAAAUCAAAAUGAAACACCUGACCAUGGUAGCCAUGUUGGCGCUGCUGGUGGCACUGGCCAGCGCACAGAAGUACACCGACAAGUUCGACAACAUUGACGUGGAUCGGGUGCUAUCGAAUGAUCGCAUUCUCAACAACUACCUCAAGUGUCUGCUGGAUAAGGGACCCUGCACCCAGGAAGGCCGUGAACUGAAAAAAACACUUCCCGAUGCCCUGAAGACAAACUGCGAAAAGUGCAGCGAGAAGCAAAGGACCAGCUCGCGCAAGGUAAUCGCCCAUCUCGAGGAUCGUAAGCCUGCGGAAUGGAAGAAGCUGCUGGACAAAUACGAUCCGGAAGGAAUCUACAAGAGCAAGUUCGAAAAGCUCAACAAGCGAUCCUAAACUCCGGCUAACUAGCGAAAGUCCUGUCGCAACUGCAGCACACGGGACAGUCGACCCAGCCGAAGGAAAAUAGAAGCUAAGGGAAAAGGUGGUGCGGUGGUAGAGAACUUAUGAUGAAUGUGAUAUAUCCGUGCAAGCAACCGAACGGUUGGUUGCUGAUGAGGAAUGAAUCAAGCUAGCAUGAGGAGGGAAGGUCGAGAGAAAAAAGAAAACCAAAAAGAGAACAAAAUGUAAACCUCAAAAACAUAUGGAACGCAUUUGUAGCAUUGCCUGGCACAGGAAACUCACUGUGGGCCAGCUCUCGACUAGCAAUAGUUGUGCGUUCAUCUUAAAUGAGAAGUCGAGGAUGAUUUAUGAAGUGCAUUUUCCGUCCGAUUAUUUUACACUCCCACCAUCACUCAUUUUCACACCCUCCCGUUAUGUGGGACCAAGCAUCUAAAGACAAACGAGAACCUGAAAAGGGCGCCAUAAUUUAUUUGAUUUUCUACAACAGAAUUGAAAAUAAAACCAUUUUGUAAAAAACA